AUGGUUGUGAAACGGAAAACUAACAAGAAAGAAAUCGACGAAGAAAUUGAUAGGGAAAAUUGGUUUAUUACAUCCAAGAAACAGAAACCCCAUGAUGUUUUUGGGUCUCCUGGAUUCAGAGAUUUUAGCUUUCAAUUAAAAGGAUUGCAAAAGUUUUUGCCCCAAGUUCAAGAUUACCCUUUUUCAGCAGAAAUUAGUAAAGGCCGUAUACCAAGUCCAAGAUCCCAUCUUUUUCCUGACAUCAAAGUUAAAUGGAGGAAAAUCAAUAUAUGCUGCUCGGCGUGUAAGAAAGUCUUUAGUAGUCUUAACGAAAAUUCGUUAUGCGACGACUGCAGAGGGAAAUCGGAUAAUAUAGCUGUAAUUUGCAAUGGCAUGGAAGGGAUUUAUUUUCCAACACUUCAUAUGGUUCAGUGCAAAUGUGGUUCAUGCAGCUCUAAGAAGCAGAAAGUUGGUGAAUGGGAAAGGCAUGCUGGUUCCAGAGCGAAAAAAUGGAAGGCCAGCAUUAAGGUGAAGAUGUCUAUGCAGCCACUUGGUGAAUGGGUUGCGAAUAAUGAUGCUCAUGGAAUUACUCCUUUGAAAUUAGAUAAGCAGCAAUUGAUUUCCCUCUUGCAAGAAAAGUACAAACCUGUUUAUGCAAAGUGGACCUCAGAACGUUGCGCCAUUUGUAGAUGGAUUGAAGAUUGGGACUUUAAUAAGAUUAUUAUAUGCAAUAGGUGCCAGAUUGCUGUUCAUCAAGAAUGUUAUGGAGCUAAAGGGGUUCGAGAUUUUGCUUCUUGGGUUUGCCGGGCUUGUGAAACUCCACAAGUUGACAGGGACUGUUGCCUCUGCCCUGUCAAAGGGGGUGCAUUGAAACCUACUGAUGUUGAUCCCUUUUGGGUUCAUGUUACUUGUGCUUGGUUUAGACCCGAAAUCGCUUUUGUUAAUCAUGAGAAAAUGGAACCUGCCAUAGGACUUUUCGCGAUUCCCCCAACGUACUUUCAUCAAGCAUGCAGUAUAUGCCAACAGACUCAUGGUUCUUGCAUACAAUGUUCCAAAUGCACAACAUCUUAUCAUACCAUGUGUGCCUUACGAGCUGGAUACUACAUGGAAAUGCAUUGCUCAGAGAAGAACGGAACACAAACAACUAAAUGGUUAUCGUAUUGUGCUUCUCAUAAAGCCCCAAGUGAGGAUAACAUUUUAGUCAUGCGAACUCCAAACGGUGUUUACUCGAACCAAAAUUUGCUUCAUAGGAGAAAUGGAGGCCGACUCUUGAAUCGUUUGAGGCUCAUGCCUUGUGAGGCAUCAUCGGCUGAAGAUAACGAACCAGAUCCUUUCUCUGCAGCUAGAUGUCGAGUUUUUAGACCAUCAACGAAUAAGAAUUUUAAACCGGAGCCAAUAGUCCAUAUGCCACCGAGGCCUCGCCAUCACUCACUAACGGCCAUACAGAGUAUAAGCUCAAAACAAUAUCAAGAAGAAAGGAAUUUUGCAACGUUAAGAGAUAGAUUGCAUCAUUUGAGUAAAACUAUAAACCAUCGGAUUUGUUUUGGAAAAUCCGGUAUACACGGAUGGGGUCUCUUUGCGAAAAGAGAGAUUCAAGAAGGACAAAUGGUAGCUGAAUAUGUUGGUGAGAGGAUUAGGGGAAGCGUUGCUGACCUUAGAGAACGUCGCUAUAGGUCACAAGGCAAGGACUGUUACUUUUUCAGGAUUAAUGAAGAAGUAGUUAUCGAUGCUACGAUGAAAGGAACCAUAGCGAGAUUAAUCAACCACUCAUGCAUGCCAAAUUGUUUUGCAAGGAUCAUGAGUCUUGGAGAAGACGAGGAUCGGAUCGUUCUUAUAGCUAAAAUGGAUGUUUCAGCAGGGGAUGAGUUAACGUUUGAUUACAGGUUUGAGGCUGAUCAGAGUGAUGAACCUAAAGUCCCUUGUCUUUGUGGAGCUCCCAACUGUAGGAAAUUCAUGAAUUAGAGUAGCAUAGGCAGAGAUUAUUGAUUGUUACUUCCUAACUGUUGAGGAUUGUGGGGUUAUUUUCAUCUUCACCCACACUCCAAUUUAUUGUUUAGUUUUAUUCUUUUGUUUAUGCUUAACAUGCAAAUAUCUAUAUAACU